AUGUCACGCUUAAAUCCAGACGCACAAAGAGGUCUCAUCUCGCUUUGUUACGAGAUCCCCCCAAACUGCAACGACGGAGACGAGCGGAUACAUAUUCAUCAGCUUUACCCGCCGCUCAGCCGCCAAGGCGACGGAGACAGAUCAGACACUCGCAGGUUCAAAGGCCAGAGUUCAGGAAGAACCAUGAAGACGAUACUGUCUCUGCAGAGUUCACAUCUCCCAAAACAGAAACAGGCCGAGAAUAAUGUCCAAUAG